UCCUCCUUUUCCGCCCAAACCGUCCCCUCCCCUCCCGUCCCCUUCCCCUCCGCUCUCUCCUGCUCCGGCACCGGCAGUAUCCGUCCGCCACAAGCUUCGACUACGCGCGCCCGACCGCUCUCCGUCGCCUCCGUGCCAGGUCUCCGUUCUCCGCUGCGGGUUUUGUUCUAAAAAUUGUUUCUGAACUUCAUUCAGCUUCGAGGGUACAGCUUUGUACAAUAAGAACACCCAGCUCGUCAGAAACUGUCUUUUAAGAAUCAAGCUAGAUUCUCGUUUCAGGGAAGAAUGACAGGAUCAUCAGUUGUGGGUUCUUUCAGUGCCUAGAAGACGCUUUUUCCAUAAUAUUUUUUAUCAGAGGCUGUGAAGUCAGUUUGUAAGGGUGUAAAGAUGGACUACCCUGCUGGUUCCUUCUUUUCAUCAUGGCCUAGCAAUUCUGCGUCUGAGAAUUAUAGUUUUGUUGAUGGCUCUGUGGAACCAUAUGCAGAAGAAGGAACUAUGCCACCUACAGGAUAUUUCAGAGCUAGAUCAGAUCAAAAUUUGAAGUUUGAUGAGCAUGAAAAGAACACUGCUGUGUUUACAAAUGGAUGUUUGCAGUACAGCACUCAGGCUGAUCUAUUACCCAGCGAGAAUCUAUCAGAGGAUAAGCCUGCGAACAGCCUCGUGGAGCUUCAGCAACAUCAGGACAAUGGCAGUCUGCAAAGCAAUUUAAUCCCUCAAGGGAUUCUUCAGUGCAAUUCAACACCUGGAAUAUUUGACGCGCAGUUGGAUACCCCUGGCCUUCUCGAACUACCUCAUGCCUUGUCUAGUUCAAUUGAAAGCAAUGAGAGUGAAAUUUCAGCUUUUCUUGCUGAUGUACAAGCUGUUUCUUCAGCCUCAACUCUCUGUUCCACAUACCAAAAUGUUUCUUCCUACAUGGAACCAGUAAACCUAGAAGCUUUCAGUUAUCAAGGGGCACAAAAUGCUGCUAUGUUCAAUACAGGCUAUUCAAAUGGGAACCUUCCAGUAUCUGAUAAGGCUACCAUGGUAUCACUACAUGAUAGCAAAGGAUUCACCAAUGGUAGCAUCUCAUCUUUGGCUACGGCCCAGCAAUCACAACUAGCUAUUGGUGGUUUGAAGGCUGAACAACAGGAGCAAUAUACAAUGUGCAAUAUUCCUCUUCCUUCUUUCGUUUCUGGUAGUCCGACGGCAGUUACUGAACCACAAGGGGCACUGAUUCCUUCAAAGAUAACAUCUAUGAUCCAUAGCAAUAAAAGUGAAUACCCUGUACCUAUCAGCCGUUCUUAUGAUGCGCAACACCAAGCAAAUUCAGCUCAUGGAAAUGUUGUCAGCGCAAAGCCACGUGCAAGGGCUCGUCGUGGACAGGCAACAGACCCUCAUAGUAUUGCUGAACGGCUUCGCAGAGAGAAAAUUUCAGAGAGGAUGAAAAAUCUCCAAGAUCUUGUACCAAACUCCAAUAAGGCAGAUAAGUCAUCAAUGCUUGAUGAAAUAAUUGAUUAUGUGAAAUUUCUUCAGCUUCAAGUGAAGGUCUUGAGCAUGAGUAGGCUAGGAGCUCCUGGGGCAGUUCUUCCCCUCCUCGCGGAUUCUCAAACUGAGGGCCGUAGCAAUCUACUGGACAUAGCAGACCCGGAAGAUAGCUUGGUAUUUGAGCAAGAAGUUAUAAAGCUGAUGGAAACAAGCAUCACCAAAGCAAUGCAGUACCUUCAGAACAAGGGCCUCUGCCUGAUGCCUAUCGCCCUCGCUUCAGCCAUAUCCACCCAGAAAGGCACGUCAGCUGCUGCAAUUCCUCCCGAGAGGUGAAAACCCAGAACACAUCGUGCUCCUCCCAUCGCCAUAACCAUCACCAUCGCCAAGUGGAGGAAUGUGCAAGAUAGGAAGUUAUGAGAGAACUAAAACUCCGGGAUAUGAAAUAUAGGAGGUCUCUGACUAAGCCAAAAUUAUGGCCUAAUCUACCAGUAGUUUACCUUUUUCUUUGCUGCACAUCAGUUGCUGUGUAUUCUUUUGUUUUUUGGGUCGCGUCAGCUUGCUAACUGGGUGCAAGUGUUCUGUCACCUUGGAUGGUUGUACAUGGAUGGAUCAUGCGGUUUA